GGCUCUUCAAGUGCCAAAUUGCUUUAUAUUUCUUCACUUAAAUAUACGGCCGCAAGUAGGGCUGACAUGGGCCCCAGGUUUGAUGUGUUCUGCCGUAAACUGGACAAACCAACAUAAGGAUGGAAGCCACUGUGGGACUUUUUCAGUAAGUUGAGCAUGUGUUUUAUAAGUUAAUCAGUAAAUUAACACCAAUAGCUAGUUAACCCAUAGCUAUUCACACAACAACGGGGUGUUGGGAAACUAUGAUGUUUUUAUUUUAGAAAAAAAAGUACACAUGAAUUAAUGUACUUUAAUAGAAAAUGGAAAGGUGAUACAACCUCAAAAACGUGGUUGCCUCUAGAUUUAAAAAGAGAAAUAAGGUCGAGUAGUUACACUAUAUAAAAAAUAAAUGCACAAUUUAAAAAACAAAAUUUAUAGGUAGGUAUAUCGACUUCUUAUUAAAUUAUAUGAAUUAUUAUGGAUUUGUCUGCCACAGUGUUUUUCUUUAAACUACUUAGAAACACGUUUACUGGCAGUCAGCGAUGUCACUGAAAGGCAAGGUUCUGUUGCCAUAGUCUCCUGAGUUUAUUUUGAAAGCUCACUUACAGAACUCACUUAAACAGCUUAGAAAAGACAAGCACACACAUUUGAAGAAGUAUUCCCUCAUUACGGUGACAUUUUCCAUUUUAAAAGGUCUCAAAAAUUAACAUGAAAAAGGAAACUAGAAAAAAUACAAAUUCAGGAGAUAAGAAAGAUCCAGGAGAUCAAAACUCUAAGAGCAGGAUGGCUAAAAGAAAGGCCAGUCCUGAAAAGGAGACCCCCGUAAAAAGAAGGAGGGUCACUGAGCAGGCUGCUCCUUCCACCAGCUCAGAUACACAUGAGGUCAAAGCAGUGAAGCGUAAGGCCCAGCAAGAUGGAGCGGGCACAACCAGUCCACCAAAGAAGAUUAAACUUGCUGAGCCUACGAGUGGAGACAGGGAGCAAGCGUCUUCCUCUGUGGAUGCUGGUAAAGACUGCAGUCAAAACACAAAGGGGUGCACAAAAAAUGGCAGAAGGAAGUCUGCAGGAGACAGCAAAGAGUCACCUAAGAAAAAGAAAAAGGACAAAACCAAAAACGUCGUCCAAAAUUCAGCAGACGACCAGCAACGGGAAUACCAAGCCAGAUAUGUGCAGGAGCACCAUCUAGGAAAUGGCGGCUGUGGAGCAGUGUUUGCUGGCUACAGGAUAACAGAUCAUUUCCCAGUAGCCAUCAAACACGUUCCCAAGGACAGAAUCCCCAUCCAAGUGACGGAUGAAAAUGGGAAGGAAGUCUCAGUGGAAGUGGCCAUUUUGCUGAAGCUUGCAGCUGAAGCAGAUGGAUCAGUGGGAAUGUCGGCUCCCGUUUCUCUGUUGGACUGGUUUGACUUCGGCACAGAGCUGAUCCUGGUGCAGGAGAGACCUGUCCCCGCUGUGGACCUGUUUGAUUACAUAAGAGAAAAUGGAGGAUGUUUACCAGAAGAAAAGGCCAAGGUCAUUCUGAAGCAACUGGUUGAUGCAGCAAAGGACCUGGAGGAGAAACACAUCUUUCACCGGGACAUCAAGAGUGACAACAUUCUGAUUGAGACCGGCUCAGAUGUGCCUCGAGUUCGUAUCAUUGACUUUGGACUGAGCUGCUUUGCUACGAAGCGAUCGCGGUUCCGCUUCUUCUAUGGUACACCUAUCCACACCCCUCCCGAAUGUUACUGGGGCAAAAAAUACAGGCCUGGACCCACCACGGUGUGGCAAAUGGGAGUGGUGCUGUAUGAAACGCUUCAUGUGGGGGAGUUUAAUAUCCUGACGUUCCUCGAAAAGGAACUGAAAUUCAACAAGCAUCUGUCCCCACACUGCCGGAAUUUCUUGGACGCGUGUUUAACCGAUGUCCCGGAGAAGCGCCCAACGCUGGGGGACCUCCAGCGUCACCCCUGGCUCAGAUAAACCCAUCUCUCACACACACACACACACACACACACACACACACAUUUCAUAUCUUAUCAUAAGUGUGAUACAUGACCUAACUUUCUUUUUUUUGUCUUUCUUUCAUUUUUUUUGCUUUUUUAACAGGAAAAGAUUGUUUUUUGGGUUUUUUUGGCCAAUUCUAAAUUUUGCUAUCAUGAAAUUCCUGUAAACCCCACCCCCCCCAGCCAUCCCAGGAAAGGGGAUCUCUCUUUGAAUUGGCUUUCCCGAGGUUUCUUCCCAUUAUUCUGGCCCCCCGGGGAGUUUUUCCUCGUCUUCAUAGAGAGCUUGGGCUGGGUCAGGAGCUUCAUCAAAAUUGGCCUUAUUUGAUUAGGUUAAUGUAAUAAAAUACGUUGAUGUAAUCAAAAUUAGUAAAAAUUAAAAGAUUUAACUUAAACUUCCAUUAAAACUUGUUUAACUCAACUUUGCUGAGAAUACUCUUUCAUUACCAUGUCAAGGAUUGUUUUUUACUCAUGAUGCAUUUUGACAAGUAAGAAAACUGAAAACUAAAUCAGGUUAAAGUAUGCACAACUAAAGUCACACUGUCACUGCUCUGAAGACUUGCAUCCGUUGCCCUAACCUCUAAUGCGUCUCAACAGAUUUCCCCGAUCUAACAGAGGUUGCAACAGUUUUUCCUUCCCACUGUUGCUGAUUGUUUGCUCAUAGUGGGCUCUCUGAUUGGUGGGAUUCAUUUUCUAAUAGUAUAUGGUCUCUGCAUUCCAAUGUAAAGUGCCUCUAGACAACAGAUGUGACUUGUUGCUAUAGUUAAGGUUGAAUUUAAUCAUUAAUGUCCAUUCAGUAGUGAAAAUUUUAUAUUUCUUAACAGGGGUGGGUUUUGAUGAUCGAUUUAUCAAUUAAAAUUGAUUCUGGCUUGGAU